AUUUACCAUAGUGAUGUAACAGAAUGUAUAGUGAGAAGAUGAAGAGGUUCUACAGGCCAAGCUCCAGUACUAAGGAUGGUCUACCGUCAUACGAUGCCCUGGCCCGGAUCCUCCCAGACAACACCACUCCAGCUGGGGAAACAGAGGAACCACAGAGCAACAGACAUAUCAACCAGACCUAUCAGAAACACACGCCACACAAAAGAGCUCCUCUCCCUGACUUUGACGAUGACCUUCAAAGCAAAGAAGUGGAGAACUACCGAACAGCGAUGCGUAAAAUGGCGGAGGACAUCAUAGCCCUGAGGACCCAGGUGGUAACCUUGGAGACGGACAACAGCCAACUCCGCAGUGAUCUCACACUGCACCAGGACCUAGGGCGCCACCUAUUGGACGAUACUGAUGUAGACGUCUUGACCAAGGCAGAGAUCGCUGACCGGAUAGCUUCUCUGAAGUUUAAGCUGGCCAGUGAGAGCAGCAAGGCUUCAGCUCAGAGAGACAAGAUACAACAGCUACAGAAUGAUCUGAUCAGGAAGAAUGACAGUGAAAAGGAGUUGCUGCGUCUCCAGAGAGCUCACCAGCAGCAACAGACCGUCCUACAGCGAUACCACAGGACUGUCUCCAAGACUGCAGGCCUGGAGGCCACCGUUAAACAGCAGGAGAAGAUCAUUGAGAAGAUGGAGAAGCUUCUGGACAACACACUGGCAGAGAAGAGCAAGGGCAAUGCAGAGAGGAAGAGGAAGAUGAAACCAACAGGCGAGGAGGAUAACAGGAAGGAGAUAGCGACAGCAGCAGAGAACAGUCGACUCAGAGGAGAACUGGACAAGAUACAUUCCCAACCUCCACAAGCUGCCAUCAUUAUACAGCCUGCACAGGUGUUCCCAGACAGAGAGAGGCUGAGUCUGCUCAGUAAGCUGGAGAAGGCAGAGACCAGAGUACAAACACUUGAGAAACAGCUGGAAGAUAACUCGAAGCGAUGGGGCAAACAGAAACAAGACAUGCUGACCAGACUCAGUGAACACAUCUACGGUUUGGAUCGCACGUCAUCCACCAUGGCCCAUGAUCUACCCCUGAAGAGUGUGUCAGAUUCUGUGCUUGGAGCGUACCCGACAAAGAGAGCUGAAGUCGAUGAAGAAGUGACCCUACCUCCCAUACUUGACCUCUAACCCCUGACUACCUGUGUGUCUGUCUCCUUCAGAACAGUCUGACCUCUAACCCCAACCUCCCGACUACCUGUGUGUCUGUCUCCUUCAGAAGAGUCUGACCUCUAACCCCCGACCACCUGCGUGUCUGUCUCCUUCAGAAGAGUCUGACCUCUAACCCCAACCUCCCGACUACCUGUGUGUCUGUCUCCUUCAGAAGAGUCUGACCUUUAACCCCGACCACCUGUGUAUCUGUCUCCUUCAGAAGAGUCUGACCUUUAACCCCGACUACCUGUGUAUCUGUCUCCUUCAGAAGAGUCUGACCUCUAACCCCCGACUACCUGCGUGUCUGUCUCCUUCAGAAGAGUCUGACCUCUAACCCCCGACCACCUGUGUGUCUGUCUCCUUCAGAAGAACCUGACCUCUAACCCCUGACCUCCCGACUACCUGUGUGUAUGUGUCCAUUAGAAGAGUCUGACCUCUAACCCCGACCUCUCGGCUACCUGACCUACUCAACAUACAGACCUGAUACCCAGCUAAUACCCCAGGACAAAGUCAUACAUUUUCCUGAAAAUGUUUUUUGUUUUUUAGUUAUUAGACAAUAAACAU